AUGUUUUUCACAAGAAUUUAUCUCUUUUGUGUAUUAAUACUAUUUAUUCCAAAUCUAAUUUUAACUCAACCACUUGAUUUAACAGACAAAACAUGGAAAGAUAUGUUAUGUGGUCAAUGGAUGGUCGAAUUCUAUGCACCUUGGUGUCCAUCAUGUCAACAUUUUAAACAUAUUUGGAGUGAUUUUGCCAAAGCUAUGGUAACAAAAGAAGUUAAAGUGGCUGCUGUUGAUAUCAACGAAUAUCCGUCAUUAUCGGGUCGUUUUCGUAUUGCUGUCUUACCUACAAUUUAUUAUGUUCGUGAUGGUGUUUUUUAUCAAUUUAAUGGUGAACGUUCGUUGAAUGGAUUGAAAAAUUAUAUCGAACUUCACGAAUGGCAAAGAACAGAACCAGUUUCACGAUGGUUUGCUCCAGAUAGUUUUCCAAUGUCAAUGGUCAGUUCACUUUUCGAUAUAUCUGUCUUGGUUAAAGAUGCAUAUACAGUUUUACUAAAUGAUUAUGGAUGGCCAGCAUGGCUUAUUUAUAUUAUUUUUGCUCUUGCUGUUAUUCUCAUUGGAUUUAUUAUUGGAUUUGGUUUUUUGAUGAUUAUUGAUUAUUGUUUAACGGGUGAACCUAAAGAUGAUAUAGAUAAUAUUCCAGAUGAUUCCAGAGAUAUUGAAGAUCUAGAUGAAACUGAUACACAGAAAUUAUUAGUACCUAGAAAAAAACCUAAUCCAACACUUGUUGCUUCAUCAACUCCACAACGUACAACAGCAGUAACAAAAACACGUGCAUCACCACUUGUAGAAAUUCAAGAUGACGAAGCACUACUUGAUGAAGUACUUGCAGAUGAUCAAGACGAUGACGAUGAUGAUGGUGAAGAUGAUGAUAGUGAUCGAUUAAAUACAUCAGAUGUUGCACAAGCAACUGAUGAAGAAGAUCAAACAUCACAUGGAUCUAUUCGCCAACGACGAAAUAAAUAA